AUGGGGGCGGCGCGGCGGCCCGCACAGAGUCCAGACGGAGGCGGCCCGGCUGCCCGCCGCCGCCGCGGCCCGGGGCGGGCUGGGCCCUGGGGCGGUGGCGCGCGCGGACCCCCAAGCGGCGGCGGCUCGGCGCGGAGGCAGGGGAGGCCGCGCCGGGGCUCGCGGCCAGGCGGGCGGCCGCUCCUCCUCCCCGCCCUGCUGGACGGCCUCACAGGCCGCCCAUCGCCCGACGCGAGGGGCCGACGCGCGACGCGGAGGAGCUGCCCCCCGCCCCGGGCCUCGCCGCCCGCCCCGGGCCGGGCGGACCCCGUCCUCUCUGGGCCGGGGCCGGGGGCUGACGGAGGGAGGGCUGGCGUGGGAGGGCCCGAGCCUGCUGCUCCUCCGGGCCGAGGAGGGCCGGGAGAAGAAGGGCAGUCACCCGGUUGGGCACCUUCUGUCACGAAGACGGGUGCAGAGACGCCGCGGGAGAAACGCGCCGUCCGCGGGCGAAACUCGGCGCUAAAUGGCGCCGGGCGUCUGAAGCCUCCACACAGCCCGCUCGGGCCCCGCCCCCCGCUGCCCGGGGCGCCCCACCCCCACCCCGCUCGCGGGGCUCUCGCGCAGGCGUGCCCGCCCCGAGGCCCACUGGGACUUGUAGUUGGCGCCUUGAGGAAUGAACGGGACAGAGGAGGAAGGCGCCUACGACUCCCGUGA